CGUUAUUCAAAUGUGUUAAUGUAACAAAACUCACAAGGAUAAAAGAUAGAUGUUACAGUAAGAAUAAGAAAUGGCUUCGCCACCUAAAAGAUUAAAGAUUGAGGAAAAUGGAUCUCUGAGUAAACUUUUAAUCAAUAAAGGAACCCAAGCCUUAAAAACAGCAUUGCAAAUCAUUAUAAACCUUCAAUCAUCAAACUUAGAAGACAAACUUAAUGAUGCUUUUAACAGAAAGAAAUUGGAAUCAUUAAAAAAGAAAAAAGUCGUCAACAAAGAGCAAUGGAACCUUCUUUACCCUUCAAAUAAUACACCCGAAAUUAGUAAGUUUGAUAUUUCAUUAUUGACUGUCUUAUUGCGUAACAUAUGUGGUCUAACAGCGCCACAUGGUGGAUGGGAUGAUCCUUCCUCUUCAGAUUCUUCAAUCUCAGCAAGCAUUGCAAGAAUAUUGUUUUAUCGAAACAAAGUGUAUGGCCACAUAACUACAACUAGUGUAAAUGACAGUGAGUUUGAGUACUUGUGGCAGGAAAUUUCAAAAGCAUUGGUUGGUCUGGGUAUUCGACAAAAUGAAAUAGAUGAAUUAAAAGAAGCUUCCCUCAGUGACGAUGAGGCAAAUUAUAUUGAAAUGAUAAAAGAAUGGUAUAAAACAGAGGAGCAGUUACUCGAUGUCACUGAAGAAAUCAAAGAAGAUGUGAAAGUAAUAAAAAGAAAUGUUGUAGAGAUGAAACAAGAGAUGGCAACCAAAGUUACGGACUUAAAUGAGGAUGUAAAGAAAACAAAAGCUGAUGUGGCAGGAGUAAAAAAAAUGUUACAGGAGAAAAUAUAUUCAGAUGUCGAAAAGCUUGGAAAGUGUAAUUUCAACGGUCUUAAAAAAGAUCUUAACAAGAAAUACCUUGAAGGCACUAGACAAUGGUUAUUUAAAGAACUCGACACUUGGUUUAACGAUAGAAGUGAAGAUGCUUCUAAUGUCAUGAUUUUGAUUGCCGGUCCUGGUGUGGGUAAAAGUGUGUUUGCUGCUGAGGUGUGUCGACGAUAUUCUGAAAAGAAGAAACUUGCUGCUUCUCAUUUCUGCAAAUAUAAUCGAUCAGAUGAGAGGAAUCCUCUAAUGUUGUUAGAAUCAUUGGCUAGUAGCAUGUGUGAUACAAUGUCAAAUUUUAAAUGUAAACUGAAUGAAGAAUUACAGAGAAACCAUUCCUACAAAUCAGUCACCGAUGUAUUCCGUGUUUUAUUAAAUAAUCCAUUGCAUUCAUUGGAAGAUCAUGAACCAAUGCUUUUGGUUAUUGAUGCCUUAGAUGAAAGCCAAGUUGAUGGCAAAAGUGAAUUGUUGGAAUUGAUUGCAAAGAGUUUGACCGACUGCCUAAAUGGAUUAAAAUCUUCAUCACCAGUCGUCCAGAACUUCCUGUUCAAAAGGAGUUGAAAGACAUGAAUCCUGUGGAAAUUACAACUCAUCCUCGUGAAGAAAACAACGAAGAAGACCUGCACAAGUAUUUGAGACAUCAGUUGAAUGAUCGGGUGCAGGAAGAUCGCUACGUUCUGUUGUCAUUAGUUAAAAAUGUGAGGGAUCAUUUCUUUAUGCGUAUAACGCACAACUGAGCUUGAAUAAAGAAAAUAUUGAGCUUACUUACGAAAACAUUCAACAAUUGGUCCCUAGUGGGUUAAGCGGUGUUUACACAAAGCAAUU